GUAAAUUCCAUGUUAUCAAUUUAUCAUAAACUAAUGUGCUGCACAAAAUCUAUUGUGAUAAACACACUAAACUGUCGGCAAACGUUGUAUUGUGAAUUUAAACGUCUGAGUGUUAACCUGUUAUUUCUGUUAAGGUACGUUUGCAAAGUUUAAUCAAGGAAAUAUGCCUGUUGCCGCUUGUCCCUGCAAUCCAAAGAAGGUAGCGGCGAAAAUACCACCCAAGCGAAACAAAAAACCGACGAAGCCCACCCAAAAACCUCUCAAGCGAGAAGAAAAACCGAAAAGAAAACCGCCUAAAAAGAAGGCACCCGCAAAGAAAUUGGCUGCAAGAGCCAAGCAACAACGGAGUUGUUCCUCUUGCAGCUGCUCUGAGUGCUGUAUGGAUUCUGGAAGUUGCAGUUGUAGCUCCUGCGCAGCGGACGAUUCCACUUGCAGUUGCAGUAGCUGUGAAGCCCAAAAAUGCAGCCUUAAAAACAAGAGCGCAGGAUGCCCUUGUUAAGAAGAGGCGCGUAAUUUUUAAACGAUUGACUUUGUUAUCUUUUUGUAAACUUUUGAUUAUUUUAUAUGUGUAAUAAUGAGAUAUUUUAUGAUUAAAUAAAGAGAAUGUGUAAUUUUGUAAAGUAA